AUGCCCUGGGAGCAGCUCCAUCCAAUGGCGAGCGGCGAGGGAUGGGGCGGGAGCUUUAAAACCGCCUUUAUUGCAGGUGAGAGCAGAUGCUCCUUUGGCUGCGCUCCAUCGGCGAGGCAGAAAGCUGGGCGAGGUUUGGCACGUGUGGAUGAGACUUGCGUGUCUGGGCUGCUGGUUGGUUGUGGGCGCGGAGGGGCGCUGCCGGGGCUCCCAGAGGGGUUGAGCGGCAGGAUUGAGCGCCCUCCUCCCCGGCCUAGCAGAAGCAUGGAAUCCUGCACCGUCUCAUCUUCCCCGGGAGCCAAGUCGUCCAAAGAGAUGCCGGCCUGCUUCCUUGCCAAUGACAUUAUCGGGCUCAGACAGUCUCCUGCUCUGUGGAGUGACUCCCUGGAGCUCCCGGAGGGGCUUGGGGACAUGGGCAACGUCUUCUGCUGGAGUGACAACUUGGACCACUGCAUCUCCUACCUCAACAAGGAGCUGGGGUCCCUGGGGCUGCCCGCGCUCUACAAUGACAACGGCUCUGGGGCAGAUGCCAAGCUUGGCUUCAGCCUGCUGGCCCUGGUCAACGGUACCUGCGGGCUGCUGAAUCUCUACCAAGGCGUUUCUGCCAAGCUGGGGGGCUUGGAAGCCGAGGAGAUCCGGCGGGCUGGCGAGCUGGACUACCUGCGGGCACGGCAGGCAAAACUCAAGGACCAGGUAGAAACCUGCGAGAGGGAAAUCGCGGCUGUGCAUUCCAAGGAACAGCAGCUGCAGAGCAAGAACAAACACCUGAAUGACCUGUUGAGAGGAGAGAAGGAUGAGAUCACCAAGCUCUUGAACGCCCUGGCCAGCCGAGCGGCCCAGCACCUCCAUGAAACGAAGAGGAAGGAGCAGGAGGUGACCCGGCUGAAAGAGAAGAUGAGCCAGCUGGUGACGGAGAAGAGGGACAAGAGAGGAACAAUCGAGAUUCUCAAUGCUCUGACCCGGCCCGAUGGUAAGAGGUCAACCUGGAAAACAGGGAAAUCUCUUGUCAAGAAAGAGGAAGAGCUCUACCGCGUCCAGUUGGCCAGGCAGGAACAGCGGGAGCAGCACCUGGCUCUGGAGAACGCCAAGCUGAAAAAGCUGCUGACCCAAGUGGGCCUGGACGUCCAGCAGCAGAUGGGGACCGACGGAGGCAUUACCCACGGUGCAGAGCAAAACUUUCCAUAUGAGGCCUUCCAGGAGCAGUGGUGCCAAUUCAGAGACGCUGUGAGGGUUUCUGGUUCCCGCUUGCCCCAGGGGGACGAGCAAGACCCGGUAAUCAGCAUCACGGACCACGACAAGGAGAUCAUGAAGCUGAAAGAGGAGAUCGAGCAGAGCAAAGCACUGAUUUCCCUGCAGCAGCGGUGUUUCCAGGAGCAGCUGGCUGCCUCUGUCCACGCGGAGCUUCCGGCUCACCUGCAGGGCUCCUACUUCCUGGAGGAGCAGCAGCGAUUGGAGGAAGAGCGAGCCAUCUUUGAGGAGCAGAGGCAGGCCUUCGAGGUGGAGCGGAAGAACUUCACAGAGGCAGCCAUUCGGCUGGGGUGGGAGAGGAAGCAGUUUGAGGAAGAGAAGGCUCUUCUCUUGAAGCAAGAGUUCUUAAGAUCGUUGCCGAGGCUAGACAUCCGAGACCCCAAGCGGAGACUAUCUGCCCCCGUUGCUGCCAGAGAACACGACCACUUACACAGACUGAGCAGGGGAUCCCGGCCCAUCAGUACCCCGUACCCCAAAGUCGUCAUCACUCCCAGCUGCACCCCGAUGGCACUCUUCAGAAGCCAGCCGUUGUCCCCGGCCUGUAGUCCUAGCCCCUCUGCCAAAGCAGAGUUGUACAGGCAAACAGUGCGCCUCCCAGCCAGUGGGCCUGUUUCUUCGCCGCGGCUCAGCCGAAGAAAAGAGAAUCACCAAGACGCAGCUUGCCAGACGGAGUUGGCUAUGGAGGAUGACUUUCCGGGCGACUUCUUCGAUUGUUCUGUGGAGAGUUCCUUCUUGGGACACCAUAUUAUUGGAAUCCACGAAUAUCUGUAA